CCUUUAUAUGGACCUCAUGUUGGCAAAGUUCCUGUGGUUACGAUGUAAACAUAUUUGAUUCUAAUGCAAAGUGUACAGUGUAUUCUAACUUAUUUAACGUUUUAAAAAUUCAAUGGAUCAAAUAUGAACAGAGAAAGAAAAUAUAUUUCAAGAACCCGAAUAACUGACUCUGAAAAUGGAACUGUCCCAACAUGCGUUGGCAAAAUUAAUCCGAAGUUGUAUGGCGAUGGUCUUCAAAAUCUCUGCAGAAAAACUCAAGAUAAUCUCUCUAGAUUAUCAACAAACAUGGCAGAUCGAUUAGAACCUUGUCUACAGUAUGGAAUAAAGCACUGGCAUCCCAACGACAGACCAAAAUCAGCUUACUCAGCCAAAACAUAUGCAACUCCCCCUGACCCAAAGAUAGUAAGAUGGCAUGAUACAAACACAAUGUUUGCUGACAGCAGGAUUCUUGAUAAUGUGAGAAGACCAGUGACAGAUAUUUCUGAAGACAAUGAGUCAGACUCCUUAUCCAUGACACCAGGACCCAAAACUACCUUCUGCUACAUUUGCUCAACAUUAGAAGAACAUCAGAGACAUUUGCUACAAUACAGGCCAAAACGACCAGUGUCUGCAAAACCAAGAAUUGAAUAUGUUGCACCAAAACCACGAUUAAAGAAGAAAAUUGAAGAAGCAGAGCCAAAUAUAGGAGAUUGUUUGUAUAGGGUAGAUAUAUACACUGGAGAUAAAGUGAAUGCUGGGACAUCUGGAGAGGUUUUCAUCACAAUGAAGGGGAGCAGGGAUGUUUUAUACAAAACCAGACUUGCAAAGAAAACUUCAAAUUUUUCCUUCAUGAGAAACACAAAAGAGUCAUUUUUCCUAAAGGGACCAAGGCUGGGGAAUCUAGAAAUCAUCACAAUUGAGCAUGAAGGAGGGAAGAAGAAUUUACGUUGGUAUUUGGAUAGAGUUGAGAUUACAGACAUGAAGUCUGGAAUGAUUUGGGUGUUCAAAUGUCAGGACUGGCUAGAUAAUUCUGACAGUCGGGAUCUGAUUGGCAAGGAGAAAGAACAACCAAUCAUAGACUAUGACAUCACUGUUUACACUGGCAACAAAUCCUUUGGUGGAACAGAUGCAAACAUUUCCCUGACAAUGUAUGGUGCCAAUGGUCAGAGUCAGAAGAUUCUGUUAGUGGACUCCUCUAAGGGACAGACAUGUUUUGAGAAAGGGAGUGUGGACAGGUUCAGGAUACCUCAGCGAGAUUUAAGAGAGCUAAAGAAGAUCAGGAUAGAACAUGAUGGAAAAGGUGUAGCAUCUGGAUGGCAUUUGGAGAAGAUUACUAUUACAACCAAUGCUCCCAAGCAGAUAUACUAUUUCCUGUAUGGAGGUUUCAUUGGCAAGGACGUUGGUAAAGGACACCUGUACCGAGAAAUCUUUGCCAAAAAAUCAUUGCCAAAGGAAGUGACAACAGCGUACACAGUUCUUACAAAAGGUCCCAAGACCACCUACCUGGUGACAGUUCAAACCGGUGAUGUCAAGUACGCAGGAACAGAUGCAAAUGUUUUUAUACAGAUUUGUGGAAAAGAUGGCAAAGCUACACGGAAAAUCAAAUUGGAUGAUGCCAGGAACAAUUUUGAAAGGGGUGCUACUGAACAAUUUAAAUUGGAAGCUCCAGAUGUUGGAACUAUUUCUCACAUUAUUGUUGGCCAUGACAACUUUGGUCCUGGGGCUGGAUGGUUUCUGGAUGAGGUAAAAAUCAAACGCUACAUUUUGAAAAAAGAAGCCAACAAAUAUGUAAAGAAAGAGGAGAAAAAGAGAGAAAAGAAAGAACAAGCUUUGAGGAAAUCUAGAGAAAAUAGUCCUGACCAAAAACGAAAAAAGCGAAGAGAUGAAGACAGUGAGGAAGAAGAGGAAGAUAACAGAAGGAAACUAGUUCCUCCCCUGUAUGAGGAGUGUGUGUUUCCAUGCAAUGAAUGGCUGGCUAAUGAUGAAGGAGAUGGACUGGUGGAGAAGGAAUUGAAGUGUGCCAGCAGUAUGCUGAGAUUUAGUGAGGAUGAACAAGAAGAGAAAGUUCAUUACACAGUAAUUGUGCACACUGGAAAUGUCAAGUUUGCUGGCACUGAUGCAGAUGUGUUCAUCCAGAUGUUUGGAGAAAAUGGCAGAUGCUCCAGGCGGACAAAACUGGACGAUUCCAAAAACAACUUUGAAAAAGGGAUGGAGGACAUUUUUGAGUUGGAUGACAUUAACCUUGGUACCCUUUCCCACAUUGUGAUUGGACAUGAUGACUCAGGAAUGGGAGCUGGAUGGUUUCUGGAUGAUGUGAUAAUUAGAAAGCAUCUUAGUCAGAAAGAAAUCAAAGCACACAAACAAAAAGAAAAGAAAAAAAUUAAAGAUCAGAUGAAGGCGAAAGGAAAACAGAAAAAGAAAAAACAAGAAUCUGAUACUGAGGAUGAGGAUGAUGAGGUUCCAAUCAGGACUCCUGAUUAUGAAGAGUUCCACUUCCCUUGUAAUAAAUGGUUGGAUUCUAAAGAAGGAGACGGGGAGACUGAACGGAUGCUGAAAUGUAAGAAGAAACAGCUUCAUUAUGAAGGAGGUGUCAAUCAAGGAGAACACAGCACAAUGUAUCAGAUCAUUGUGACAACGGGCAACAAAAGCUUUGCUGGAACAGAUGCCAACGUAUAUAUACAACUGCAUGGGAGGAAGGGCCAAGAAACACCCAGACUUCCUCUAGAUGAUGAGAAAAAUAACUUUAAAAAAGGACAGAUAGAUGUGUUCAAGAGACUGGAUGUAAAUGCGGUCAUAUUAACUAUUGAGUCUGUGGAUGUUGGACCUGUAUCCUAUGUAACAAUCGGUCACGAUGACUCCGGCCCUGGGGCGGGCUGGUACCUGGAUGAGGUAAAGGUUCGCAGGUACAUUCAAAAGAAUGAGGCCAAAGAAUAUGUGAAGCGUGGACGUCAGAAGCCUCUAUAUGAAGAGAGUGUCUUCCCAUGCAAGCGCUGGCUUUCCAGUAGUGAUGAUGACAAAAAGACCGAAAGACAACUGAAAUGUGAACAAAGAACCCUCCAUUUUGACUAAUGGAAAACUUCUAUGGAUACAUAUAGGCUAUAUAGCUUUACAAUUUCUACUCAAAAUUAGUAGUAACAUUAAUAUGAUAAAAGUAUAUUACUCAAGAUAUUUCAUGGGUAAAACAUAUAAUUCCGGCCUGUACAUGUAUAUAUAUGGAAAACCCAACUGUGAAUUGAACAUUUUUUUUAAACAUUUAUACUUGUCCUUAAUCAAUACUCACAUGUACUGAAAUGAAAUUCAAUUUUGAAUUAACUUUAAGAUUGUGCAAGUCUACAUGGAAUUAACAAUUUCAAUUAAUUUGGUGCAGCUGUUAAUUGUCUUUAAUAACAUAAUGAAAUGAUUAUACUGGAAGAGAGGUAAAGAUCUUUUUCAAUUUAACAUGUUUAUACCUGUAAAGAAAGUGUUUUCGUAUAAUGCUAGUAUUUUUAAUAUAUAGGUUAUUCUUGUACAAUUGAUAUUUUUUUACGUUUAGAAUUCCCUAUCAAUUUUCAAACUGUGAUAUUUUUUUUUUUAGAUAUUUUGUGAUAAUUAGUGUUGUUAUGAAUUUCUUUUUUUUUCUCUCAACGUUUUUGUUACAUAUAUGUACAAUUAAACUGAAGACUGGC